AUGUCUUCCACGGAGAACACCGAGCCCAAGGUCGAGGGGACGCAGCCCGUCGACGAGGCCAAGUCUGUUGCCGCCGACGAGACCAAGUCGGCCACGGAAAAUGAGUCAUCCGCCGCCGCGGCGACCGACGAAACAAAACCCGUCAUCUCUUCUGCCGUCUUCUCCAUGUUCGGCGGUGGCGCCAAGAAGGAGAAGAAGGACGAUGACGAGGGCCGGGGCGACAACUCGGGCAGCGCAAAGGCCCAGCGGGAAGCUGCUGAGGCGGCCAAGGGUGAUCAGGAAGAAGCCCCCGAGAGCGAGGACGUCCACUUUGAGCCCGUCAUCAAGCUCACCGAAAAGGUCGAGACCAAGACCAACGAAGAAUUGGAGGACCAGGUCUUCAAGAUGCGCGCCAAGCUCUUCAAGUUCGUUAAGGAGACGACCGAGUGGAAGGAACGUGGAACCGGCGACGUGAGGCUGCUGAAGCACAAGGAGAACGGUAAGACGAGACUGGUCAUGCGCCGUGACAAGACGCUCAAGGUUUGCGCCAACCAUUAUAUCGUCCCCGAGAUGAAGCUGUCGCCCAACGUCGGCUCUGACCGAAGCUGGGUGUGGAACGCGGCGGCCGACGUGAGCGAGGGCGAGCCCGAGGCUGUGACGCUUGCCAUCCGCUUCGCCAAUUCGGAAAAUGCCAACCUGUUCAAGGACGCUUUCCUCAAGGCGCAGGGGGAGAAUGAGGCGCUGUUUAAGCAGGCUACAGGCGAAGAAACGGCCGCUUGA